AUCUAGUGUCAGGUAACAACAACUGCACCUGAAAAGACUCAGUAAAUCAGACCCAGAUACAGGAGAGUAAAUCACUGGACGGAAAGGCAGAACACAGACACGGUGAGAAUGGCGGACCCCUCCCUAGUGGAUCACAUGACGAGGCUAAAACUGAAACUAUUGGAGAAGAGAUUAGAAAAUGAGCGCGACAUUGCAGAUGAUGUGUCUGACACAGAGCCCGCUACAGCAAGGAGUUAUGAUGGACAGGAAGAGGCCUUGCAGUCUGCUCUACGCAGGAGGAAGGAUCUGCUGCACAAACUGCGAGAGCAACACCUCCUAGAAGAGAUAGCUCGGCCUCAUACCUGGGAAGGAACGCGGAGAAAAAAACCAAAUAUAGAAAAUAUGCAUCAGUUCCCCCCGAUGCACAUCUACCAUACAUCUCCUCCACCAGAGCCCCCCAUGCGCUAUUACCCACCACCACCGCCACCACCUCCACCAGAACCACCAAGAAUCAUCCAGCAACAGUUACCCCAGCAGCCAGCAACAAUAAUUCAGCAGUUACCCCAGCAGCCACUCAUCACGCAGAUCCCUUCUCCACAAGCCUAUCAGCCACCGCGCUCAGGGAGCAUUAAAGAAGAUAUGGUGGAGAUGAUGCUUAUGCAGAAUGCCCAGAUGCACCAGAUUAUUAUGCAGAACAUGAUGCUGAAAGCACUGCCCCCUAUGGGUUUGUCGCAGCCUGCAGGGAACGCACCUCCAGCGCAACCUCAGUCACAACAAGACCCUCACUAUGCCAGCCCUGUAGUACUGAGAGCAGAGAAGAUCCGGCCAUCUUCUGUGCAUCACCACCACCACUAUACCCCUCCAGGACCACCUACACUACAGCCAGGAGUUGGAUACCCAAUGUGGCCGCAAAUGCCUUUAAACUCCAUGGGACAAAUGGGUGGAUUCCCCCAGGCAGUGCACCAUGUGACUGGCCCAACUACCACAUUACCAGCAUUGCAUACUUUAGUAACGGAUGGAAUUUCCCCCAGAGUCCCGAACGUACUAUAAGACCAUGAGCUGGACAGGACAUUUAUUGGAUUGGUCUGGUGAUAACUACAGAGUUCAUAUGGGAAUUGAACACACACAGAUCCUCAUACAAAGACAAUGCCCAUUGCAUACUACAUGUUAUAACCUCAGGAUGGGAGCUGCUGGUCUUCAUACUCAGAGGAUCUCUUGGAGCAUGGACAGACUGAGAACAUUUAUCUAUGGUCUUAAUAGACUUGGAGAUGUCUACAAUGAAAGUGUAUUUGUUCUAAUUAUUGUAAUAAAAUGUAUAAAGUAUAGAUAAUGGUACCUGAUACCGUUCUAUUAGAAAAUAAUCAUUUGUAAAAAUAAUAUAUGUGACACUUCUGAAGCCUGAAGUGAUAGCAGUAAGGUAGCAAAGCUGUUUAGCAUGCAGAAUGGAGCAAAACGCAAGAAGGGAAUACCAAUAUAAAUAUCUAUGGGGGUAAUUCCAAGUUGAUC